GCGGGCUGCAGUUUUAUUGAAUAGAGCAGUGUGCAUUCGGCUGCCUGCCUGCCUGCCUGCCUGCCUGCUGGCUCGCUUGCUGUGCUCCUCCUUAAAGGAAAUCGGUCCUCUCUUCCCAGCUCAGUCCCGGGGAAGAAGUUCCAGCCUCGAGACAUCAUUAAAACAUUUCAAGAUCAUCAAACCGAAUCCCAUAAGCAUUGGUGAUCAACCGGAAGUCUCAGAAGUGGACCUCUGAUUGCUUACCUCUCCAGACGCGAUCUGGUCUCCCUUGAAAGCACACCAUGGAUGACUUUGAACGUCGCAGAGAACUUAGGAGGCAAAAGAGGGAGGAGAUGCGGCUGGAAGCAGAGAGAAUCGCCUACCAGAGGAACGAUGACGACGAGGAGGAGGCAGCCCGGGAACGGCGCCGCAGAGCCCGCCAGGAAAGGCUGCGACAGAAGCAAGAGGAGGAGUCUCUGGGGCAGGUGGACCAGGUGGAGGUUAACGCCCAGAACAGUGUGUCCAACGAGGACUCCAAGCCAAGCACCACAAGCACUCAGGUGGAAGGCGACGAUGAGGCCGCGCUGCUGGAGCGUCUGGCUCGACGAGAGGAGAGACGCCAGAAGCGACUGCAGGAAGCCCUGGAGAGGCAGAAGGAGUUCGACCCGACCAUAACAGACGCAAGUGCAUCCCUCCCCAGCAGAAGGAUGCCAAAUGACACAGCAGAGAAUGAAAUGGCCGAGAAGGAGGUGAAAGCUGAAAGUCGCCGGGAAAGAUAUGAGACAGAGGAAACCGAGACGGUCACCAAAUCCGAGCAGAAGAAUGACUGGAGGGAUGCUGAAGACAAACAGAAAGAAGAGAAAGAAAGGGAAGACAUGGAAGAGGAGAAGUCCAAGCAAGGGAGCGUUGGAGAAAAUCAGGAAGAAGAGAAGAGAGCAAAGGGACAAGCUCAGAAAGAAAAGUCCCCAGAGGACAAGCCUGCCUUCAGAAAGGAAGAGGUCAAGGACGAGAAGAUUAAGAAGGACAAAGAGCCCAAAGAAGAAGUUAAGAGCUUCAUGGACAGAAAGAAGGGAUUUACAGACAUGAAAUCACAGAAUGGAGAGCUCAUGACUCAUAAACUUAAACAUGCUGAGAAUACUUUCAGCCCCGGCCGCUCGGGAGCGAGACCAAGCGGGGACGCUCAGGAGGCCGAAGCCGGCAAGCGGCUGGAGGAGCUGCGCCGCCGCCGCGGGGAGACCGAGAGCGAGGAGUUCGAGAAGCUCAAACAGAAGCAGCAGGAGGCGGCCCUGGAGCUGGAGGAGCUGAAGAAGAAGAGGGAGGAGCGAAGGAAAGUCCUGGAGGAGGAAGAGCAGCGCAAGAAGCAGGAGGAGGCCGACCGGAAAGUGCGGGAGGAGGAAGAGAAAAGAAGGCUAAAGGAAGAGAUCGAAAGGCGACGGGCAGAGGCUGCUGAGAAGCGCCAGAAGAUGCCAGAAGACGGCCUGGCAGAUGACAAGAAGCCUUUCAAGUGCUUCACUCCCAAAGGUUCAUCUCUCAAGAUAGAAGAGCGAGCAGAGUUUUUGAACAAGUCUGUGCAGAAAAGCAGUGGUGUCAAAUCAACUCAUCAAGCAGCAGUCGUGUCCAAGAUUGACAGCAGACUGGAGCAGUACACCAGUGCAAUCGAGGGAACGAAAGCUGCAAAAUCUACGAAACCGGCCGCCUCGGACCUGCCUGUCCCUGCUGAAGGAGUGCGCAACAUCAAGAGCAUGUGGGAGAAAGGGAAUGUGUUUUCCGCCCCCGCUGUGUCAGGCACCCCGAAUAAGGAAACCGCCGGCCUGAAGGUGGGAGUUUCCAGCCGCAUCAAUGAGUGGCUAACCAAAACCCCAGAUGGCAGCAAGUCACCUGCCCCCAAACCUUCUGACUUGAGGCCGGGAGAUGUAUCCGGCAAGCGGAACCUCUGGGAAAAGCAAUCUGUGGACAAGGUCACUUCCCCCACUAAGCAGGUCUGAGGCAGUUCAAGAAAGAACCCAAACUCAAGACCCUGGACCAGCUCAACUGUAGAGGGCUAAUUUGCUCUGUUUUAUAUUUAUGGUGAUUUACUAAAUUGGGUUCAUCUUCCUUUGUUUUAUUUUACAAUAUCCCAGUAAACCCAUGUAUAUUAUCACUAUAUUUAAUAAUCACAGUCUAGAGAUGUUCAUGGUGAAAGUACUGCCUUUGCACAGGAGCCUGUUUCUAAAGAAACCCAUGCUGUGAAAUAGAGACUUUUCUACUGAUGAUCCUAAUUCUGUCUGAACAGUGAUUCCAACCACAUUGGAAAUCAAUACAAAGAGAUCCAAGUUGAAAAUUGCCUGAGGAAUGUGUGCAGUAUCUAGAAAAAUGAACCAUGGUUGUUGUUUUAAAUAUAGAAGUCAUGUUGUUUCUGCACUUUAGAAUAAAGCAUGGAAGAAAUUAUCUUAGUAGGCAAUUGUAACUCUUUCUGAAAGUAACCCAUUUCAGAUUUUAUAUACUGCAAUGAUUGUCUUAAAAAAAAAAAGAUGUACUGUUAAGGUAUUACUUUAUUUCAUGCUGAUGCAUAUCUAAAUUGGAUUAUUCUGUUAGCUGACAGUGGUACUGAUUUUUUUUAGAUUGGUUUGUGGAUUUCUUUAGUAGUAACAGUAGCCUGAACCACAUCUUAGAUUACUCGAUGAUGUAUGUAUGUGCAUAUACAUAUACAAACACACUAAUGAUAGAAUGCUUUUUUAUGUGCUAGACAAUUAUAUUUAGUAGUAUGUCCUUGUAACUAGCCAAUAUCACAGCUUUUUAAAAAAUUAAAAAUCACAGUAUUAUAUUAAUAUUUUCAUAUUUGCCAACAGAAACAUGGCAGAUAGGUAUCGAUAUGUUUUCAAUGCCCAGUGACCUGUAAGAAAAAAAAAAGUAUUGAAGAAAAGAGAGACUAGAAGUGUCAAAACAAGUUGAAAUUUUCUAUAAGACAUAGUAUUUAGUUUAUAAUUAAAAGCAGGCUUGAAGUCCAGUGUGAAUUUUAUUAAAUCUACUAUCUAGAUCAAACUCACAACCUGGUUAUUCAUAACAAAGUUCAUAAAAAUUGGUGGAUGUGAUAUCUAAGGUCCUUUCCUUCAGAAAAAAUUAAAGACAAGAGUUUUAGUGACUGUAUUACACAUGGAAUUCCAUGCUUGGGUCUAAGCAAAGACCAGUGUUUGCUAAUGUCUGGAAGUAAAGAAGUAAAAUGAAUACAAUCCAGUAUUUAGGAGGCAGGGCAAUAUUUCCAUUUUUAUAUACUCCGAAAUGUUCUUAAAAUUAAUCUUUUCUACCUUUAUUAGUCAUUGGUACUUGUCAUAUGUUGAUAAUUUGUCAAAAUUUCAAAAGUAUAUUUAACUUUUACUAGUUACGUAUUAGUUUACUAGUGAGUCUUUAUUGAUUCACUGCUUUUACACACACAACCCAGAUAUCAGGUCUUAUUUUAGCCUAUAAGUUUUUAUUCUUCAUAAUAGAUGAUGGAAAAUUGCUCCCGCGUCUUGGCCAAAUGUUCUCUAUAGACAUCUACAAGUAGUAUAGUUCUAUAAACUCAUACCUCAGCGGACUUAACCAAAAUUGUUUCAGGCUCAGUCCCUACCACAAUGAGAGGGCCUCCCAAGGAACAAUUUUCUCAUCAACGAGACUCCUCCAGUAGCGCUCACCCGGGAGGCGGGCAUGAGGAGGGAUCACCGCUCAAAGGUAGUUGAAUCCUAGCUUUUGGCAGACAUGGGCCACCAAGAUUGCACAAGUCGUUCACCCGUGACAGAGUAGACACACGUCUAUGUUCAGAUAAACUAGAAUUUACCUGAAACUCCCUAUUUAGCCUUAACUACCAUCAUUGGAGUGAGAUGCAGCCAAGUUUGAGGUAACAUUGCUGUGUUGAACUUUUGAACAAGAGCUUUUCCUGAUUGCUAUUAUAUAUUUUUCUAGAAAGUGUAAAGUUGAGAAGAGAAUGUAUCAAUCCAGACUUUUAUUCCGGUAUUUGGAUGGAAUAAAUUUUAGGGUAGAAUUUUGUUCAGUUUGGAUUUAAUUUGUUUGAAAAACAAACUCAUUGUUUACUUGUUCAAUUAGAAUUCUCUGUUAUCUUUAAGAAGUAAAACUGCAAGCUGACUAGCAUGUUCUGUGAAUCUGCCAUUCAUAAAAACUUUAUGAACACUUGGUAUUUUUCACUGAUAACUGAUCGCUGCAAUAAAAGUAUAUUGUGAAAAUGCAUCUACAAUAAAUGGAAUUCCUCCAAAUAUCUUUGCCUCGCUUAUUUCUGUGUGUUAUAUUGCCAGAUGUGUGUCUAUUGUAAUAAAGAUGAUGGCAUGACAAAACCUGCA